AUGGCUAGUGAUGAGAGUUUUGUAGCUCUUGUGCACUAUAGAGGGUCCAUUAAGAAGAAAACACGAUCAGGGAUUAAGUUCACUGACAAGGACCCGCUGAGUGUUUUUUUCAAACCUUCGACAAGUUUCGCUGAGUUUAAGAGUACUAUACUUCAGAGACUAGGACUGCAUGGCGUGAAACAGGUGGAGAAGUUGUUCUAUCGUAUUCUGAUCUCCGUGUUACGCGAUGAUGUGUUGUUUCAUUGUCGCCGUCAGUUUCUUGAGGUGAGGACUCCGGAGUUGUUGGUGAAACUUGUGAAUGUGGCAUCUAGUUCUAGAGGCUCGAACAGGAAUAUGCACUCCACAGGACAUGUAGCUAGCUCUAGUGCAUUGCCUGUUGGAUCAUCGUCAGCAGUACCGGUGUUUGCACCCGAGCCAGACUUAGUGGCUUCACCAUCGUUUGCCAUCAAUCUGAAUCGAAGUUGUGAUGCAUUAGUUAGCGAGGCUGGACCAUUGGGAGGCGGUGAUUUCGCGGCGCCCAGCUCUCCUCUGUGUGUUCCGGUAAUCGGAGAGGUUGGAGCACGCGAAGGGGUUGAAGAUGCAUUGCAGGAUGAUGAUGAUGAUGAUGAUGUGGAGCCUGCAACGAUUGCUGCGGAUGAUAGCAAGGAGGAGAGUCCAUGGACGACUCCAUCUGUCGGUGGGGGAGCAUCUAGUUUAGGUACUAAUCAGUACCCCCCCCACUUCUCUGCUCUGGAAUUGGAUGCCAUGGGGCCUCAGGAAAAUCAGUCUGUACCUGUGGGCUUCGGGGUGAGAGACUCGCAAAAUGCAGGAGGUGUAUCUGAGUUUCAGGUCGGCUAG